AUUAAUCGGCGGAGGCUAGUGUCCACAACCCAUAACCACCGAGUCCACCUGAAGCAUUGCAUACGUCGCCGGCGCCACCACCAAAUCGAGGUCAAGUAUAGUGUUUUAGCUCUUGAAAGCUGACUAGGUAUAUCCAUAAAGGAGCUGCUGGAUUCCCCUUAUGCAACAAUGGCCAGAAGCUUCAUCAUCACUAGCGAACUUCCUCAUUCAGAGCUGCAGUUCGACGACCAACUUAAGAAAAGGGCGCCAAAUCCACGCUCUCGUGAUCACAGCCAUACCCGCAAUCCUGCGAACAACUUUUCUGAGCAACAACAUCCUAUCAAUGUACUGUCGAUGCGAAUCUCUGACCGAUGCCCGUCAUGUGUUUGACAAAAUGCCUGACCGAACCAUCGUUUCUUAUAACGCGCUUAUUGCUUCCUAUUCUCGACGCCCCAGUCACGCGGCUUUGUCGUUCGAACUUCUUUCGCAAGCAGAGAUUGAGGGUCUUCGGCCAAAUGGUUCGACAUUCACCAGCCUGGUACAUUCUUCUUCUCUUAUUGAGGAUCUUUUGAUUGGUUCAGCUCUUCAUACACGAGUGAUACUGUCUGGCUUUCUUCACGACGUGCGAGUCCUAACAUCAUUACUUGGAAUGUAUUCUAAAUGCGGGGAUGUUCGAUCAGCAGAAGCGAUUUUCAUGAUGGUGGAUGAAAAGGAUACUGUGGCUUGGAAUUCUAUGAUUUUUGGGUAUUUGAAAAACGAUAAGAUUGUUGAUUCCAUUCGUUUCUACGCUAGAAUGGUGAAAAGUAGGACAUUUCCUACCCAAUUCACAUAUUCAAUGGCCUUAAAAGCUUGUAGCAAACAGAGAGAUCAUGACCUUGGACGACUCAUCCAUGGCCAGAUUGUUGCAUCCGGAACACUCACGGAUUUGAAUCUACAGAAUUCCCUGCUCGCCAUGUACUGUAGCUGCAAUAAUAUUCAAGAUUCUUUUCAAGUAUUUAAACAAAUCGAUUCUCCAAAUCUGAUUUCUUUGAAUUCUAUGAUAGCCGGCUAUUCAGAAAACGGCUGUGGAAUGCAAGCCAUGGAAAUGUUCGUCUCUAUGCCCCAUUUGUCGUCCACUAAACCAGACGAUUAUACAUUUGCAGCCGUCAUUUCUGCAGUAAGUCCUUUCCCAUCUUCUGAUUAUGGAAAACCACUCCACGCCCAAGUUAUAAAGUCUGGAUGUGAAAACAACCCAUUUGUAGGAUGCGCUCUGGUUUCAAUGUACUUCAAUAAUGGUGAAGCUCGAUCUGCUCGGGACAUAUUUAGCUUCAUUUCUAACAAAGACGUCGUUCUUUGGACUGAAAUGAUUGCAGGCCAUUGCAGAGUGUCUGAAGAAGAAACUGCGGUUAAGUUCUUUCAAAUGAUGAUUCAAGAAGGUCAAUUAAUCGAUAGCUUUGCUCUCAGCAGCAGUUUGAGUGCGUGUGCGAACCUCUCGACUCCAAGACAAGGCGAGAUGGUUCACUCUCACGCCAUGAAAACUGGAAACCAUUUCGAGAUGUCUGUAUGCGGAAGUCUGAUAGAUAUGUAUUCCAAAACGGGUGAUCUCGAAGCUGCAAAACGGGUAUUAUCUGAAAUUGGUAAGCCGGAUUUGAAAUGCUGGAAUUCGAUGCUAGGAGGAUACGGUCAACACGGGAAGGGAAAGGACGCAUGUGGAAUAUUCGAUGAGAUUCUGAAACGCGAUUUAAAACCGGACCAGGUCACGUUCGUUUCGAUCCUUUCUGCUUGCAGCCACAAUGGAUUGGUUAAGAAAGGGAAACGGAUAUGGAACUACAUGAAGGAAAUUGGGAUUGAACCAGGGUUUAAGCAUUAUUCAUGUAUGGUUAGCCUUUUGAGUCGAGCUGGAAAGUUGGAAGAGGCAGAGGAGAUUGUAUUGAAUUCGCAGUUCGUUAAUAAUUCGGAAGUGUGGAGGAUCUUGUUGAGUUGUUGUGUUUUGUAUGGGAACGUGGAGUUAGGAGUUCGCGUUGCUGAUCGAGUUUUGGGCAUGGUAAAUGACGAUGAUGAUGAUGACAGAAUGUCGUUUUCGCUGAUUGCGAAUGUUUAUGCGGCUGCUGGGGAAUGGGAUGGUGUGAAGAGGAUGAGAAGGAAGAUGAGAGGAAUGAUGGCCGAAAAAGAGAAAGACCCUGGACUUAGUUGGAUACAGGUUAUGAAUAAUUUUCAUGUCUUCUCUUCUGAUGAUUUAUUACAUCCAAUGGUUCAUGAUUUGCAUUAUGAAUUGCAACAUUUGUUGAAGAACAUGGAAAAAUCAGAAAUAGAUCAAUUUUUAUAUUAAUGCA